CUGUACAGUUCACUGGACACCCAAUAUGGCUCCCAAGAAGCAUAGUGGAAAGAAGAAAGUGCGGAGCAGCAAUGAAGGUGACAAGAACAGCAAUGCAGGUGACAAUGUGCAAAGUGGAAAUGCAAGUGACAAUGUGCAAAGUGGAAAUGCAAGUGACAAUGUGCAAAGUGGAAAUGCAAGUGACAAUGUGCAAAGUGGAAAUGCAGGUGACAAGAAUGUGCAGCGCAAGCAUGGUGGCAAAAAGAAAGUGCAGAGCAGCAAUGAAGGUGACAAGAACAGCAAUGCAAGUGACAAUGUGCAAAGUGGAAAUGCAAGUGACAAUGUGCAAAGUGGAAAUGCAGGUGACAAGAAUGUGCAGCGCAAGCAUGGUGGCAAAAAGAAAGUGCAGAGCAGUAGUAAAGGUGACAGCAAGGUUGUGAAGAAAAUAACCAUUGAGCUGAAGAAGGAAAUUAUAGAAAAGCAUGACCGUGGUAUUCGUGUGACUGAUCUGGCCUCGGAGUACAAGAUGGCAAAGUCAACAAUCUCAACUAUUCUGAAAAACAAAGCCGCCAUCAAAGGAGCUGAUGUUGCAAAAGGAGUAACAAUGUUAACCAAGCAGAGGACGCAAGUGCUGGAAGAGGUGGAAAAACUUUUGUUGGUGUGGUUGAAUGAGAAACAGCUGGCAGGUGCCUUCUUCUGAUGGACAAUGCCCCGGC